CAUUCAUUCCCCCAAGCGUUUCCGUCCUGCGCCUCGAAGUCGAAGGCCGCUUGAAAUCGCUCGAAUGGGUUCACGGUGGACUUUAUCGGAGCAUUCUUUGCUAUUUUGAUGAGUUUUUUUCUCCAAAUCAAACCUGCCGCUACACGACUGGACUUUUAAAGGUUUGCACUCAGAGGGGAAGACGAAUUAGCUGUGUUGCAAUCGUGUUUUUGUGGAUAUCGGAGUCGUCUUUCCUCUUGUCUUGUUGGUGUGUAUGGUUUUUACAAGCUAGCGCUAGCCUGGUUUUUGGUGGGCUGCUUUUAGCUGCCAUGGCGCUUGCAAGUCUAUGCGGAUUUCUCAGAGACAGUUUGUGCUAAAUCGAACUCAACAAAUGGGAACAUCGAGCAUUGGCUGAACACACCCUGGCAUUAAUAAAUGAUUCCGAUCGCCAUAUAAGGAAAUUCCGAAUUAGAAUUCUGUGGACUCCUGAAGAUACUCUGGUGAUUUUGGAUUUUAUCUUGCUGACGUUCUCCCACAACCAUGGAAUCGACGGUUGAUGACGAUGCAAUGGCAGCGUGAAUGAAGCUUGGCGUGGGGAGAGCUGAACGAUGCCCAAAGGUGGGGGUUCUAAAACCCCCCAACUGGACCACUUCCCACAUAACACCGACAUGGUCGAAAAGCAGGGUGGGAAAAAGGAAAAAGUGCUGUCGAACAAGACUCCCAAAUUGGAUCGCAGUGAUGGCGUUAAAGAGAUGAAAGAGAAGACAUCCAAAAGGAAACUGCCAUUCACUACUGGAGCAAAUGGAGACCAGAAAGAUUCCGACUCAGAGAAACCAGGUCCAGAGAGGAAGCGCAUUAAAAAAGAGCCCACAAACACCCGGAAGGCAGGCUUGCCGUUUGGAAUGGGGAUGCCCGGCAUCCGGGCAGGGUACCCCCUCUCUGAGCGGCAGCAGGUGGCCCUGCUCAUGCAAAUGACUGCUGAGGAGUCCAUCAACAGUCCAGAUACAACACCAAAGCACCAGUCACAGUCCAGUCUAGGUCAGAAGGGAACGCCAAACUCUGCAUCUAAAACCAAAGAUAAAGUGAAUAAAAGAAAUGAGAGAGGAGAGACUCGGCUGCACAGAGCAGCAAUCCGUGGUGAGGUACGCCGCAUUAAGGAACUCAUCAACGAGGGAGCAGAUGUGAAUGUUAAAGACUUUGCUGGCUGGACCGCACUGCAUGAGGCUUGUAACAGGGGAUAUUAUGAUGUGGCCAAGCAGCUGCUGGCAGCCGGAGCAGAGGUCAACACCAAGGGUCUAGAUGAUGACACCCCUCUCCACGAUGCAUCCAAUAAUGGACAUUUUAAGGUGGUUAAGCUACUUUUACGGUAUGGGGGGGACCCACGUCAGAGCAACCGAAGAGGUGAAACGCCUUUGAAUGUGGCCAACUCUCCAACCAUGCUGAAUUUGUUGCUGGGGAAAGGCACAUACACCUCAAGUGAAGAGAGUUCGUCAGAAUCUUCAGAAGAGGAGGACGCACCCUCAUGCGCCCCAUCUAGCUCUGUUGAUGGCAAUAAUACAGACUCGGAGUUUGAGAAAGGCUUGAAGUUAAAAGGGAAAACACUAGACCAGCCGAAAUCAGCUGUCACUCCCGUCAAAGAUGAAUAUGAAUUUGAUGAAGAUGAUGAGGAGGAGCGAAUCCCUCCUGUGGACGACAAGCACCUCUUGAAGAAAGACUUUCGUAAAGACACAGUCAGCAAGGCCAACAGCUUCAUCUCAAUACCCAAGAUGGAGGUCAAAACCUAUUCCAAAAGCAACUCACUCACACCAAAGAAAGCCGUCAGGCGUAUCAUCUCGGACAGUAACAGUUCAGAUGAGGAUGAUAGGACGCUGUGUUUCACACCAGCACCCACGCCACGACAGCUAGCCCUUCAAACAAAUGCCAAGACAAGAGACUCUGGAAAUCAGAGUUCCAAACAACUAAAAGAUAAAAAUAAAGUCAAAAAGAAGAGAAAGAAGGAGAGCAAAAACAAUCUUGGCAAGGAAGUCAGGUUUGGUAAAAUCAAUGACAAACUAUGUACGUCUGAUUCAGAUUGUGGUGAUAUGGAAAGUGAAGAUGAUAAAGGAUCAAACUGCAUAAAGGAUUCUUCAUUGAUUGUAAAAGAAUCCACUGUCUUCAAUACAUCGUCCUCCUCGCAUGUAAACUUAAACUGUCAGAAACAAGCACCAUCAUUAGCGGAACAACACCCAAAACAGUGGAGGACUGAUGGCUGGAAGACUGUGUCAUCCCCAACAUGGUCUGAAGUAAGUUCUCUGUCUGAUUCUGUGAGAACAAGACUGUCCAGUGAGUCUGACUAUUCCUCUGGCGAGUCUAGUGUUGAGUCAGUCAAACAAGUUAAGAGAAAAGGACAAGAAAACAAGAAGAAGAAUAACAAUUUACACAAUAACACAAUGGAUAAGAAAAAUUCUGACAUCUACAAAAAUGCCAAUACAGACAGUACAGCCUCCAAAACUGACAUUGACGGUAAAGUGCUCAAGAAGCAUAAGGUGAAGCACAAGCACAAAAGUAAAGAAAAGGAUAAAGCUCCUAGUCUUGUGCUUAAUCAAGACAUGAAUGAAAAAUUUGUGAAAAGCUAUUCAUUUGAUUUUGAUGACUCAAGGCAAAAGUCCGUAAUUGUCGAGUCAGAACAGCAAACUGAAGGCAAAAUCAAAUUAUCAAAACACGAAAAAGACCAUUCAAAAAAGGAAGAAAGGCUCUCAAAAAGCAAGUCUGAAGACAACUGGUCAUCAGGCAAAGACCUGCAUAGAACAGCAGACAAGGAAAAAAAUAAGAAAACAAAGGACUCCGCCAAAGACAAAACUAAUAAGGAAGAGCGAGAAAAGCCAGUGAAAUCCGUUAAGGAAAAACCCAAGGAAGAGAAACAAAAAAACCAUAAAGAAGAGAAAAAGAAAAAAUCCAAGGAGAAGUCGAGACCAGAUAAGAAGAGUGAGCAAAAAGAGGAAAAGCAUCUAAAAGUUGAUAAGGAAAAAAAUACCAAGGAGGAGAAAUGUAAAAAGGACAAAAUUCUGAAGGAGGAGUCAGAGUAUGAAAGCUAUGAUGUCAACAACCGUUUCCUCAACAUGGAUGACACAAAGCUCAGUGCCUCAGAUGACCAUCAUGACAGAUGGGGUUCAGAGAUGUCCUCAGACUCUUCCCUCUAUGGAGACGAUAGCUGGGAUGCGCCAGUUAAAGAAUACAAGGAAUACAAAGCCAAUAAUUCUGUUAAACUUAUCGUUGAAACAGUCAAGGAAGAAACGAGGAGGAAAGACAAAAUAAAAGACAAGAAAUCAGAUCAUAGUGAGAAAAGACCGGAAAAAGAUGUCCAGUCAAAAAAGAAAGAUAAAGAUUUUUCAGAAAAGACAGGUGAAAAGAAAAAAGACUGGUCAGAAAAACAAAAACUAAACUCAAGUCACUCUGUUGAAAAAGAUAAAAAACGGAAAGAAAUCUCGGAAAUAAGUAAAGACAAAAAAGACAAAGAUUCACUGGACAACAGCCGAGAUCGCAAAGACUCGUAUGACUUCAUUAAGGAGAGAAAAGAAACAAAAACUAAACAAGAGAUGAUUAGAGAAGAGUAUGUCAAUGACACUUUCUUCAAAGAAAUUGAUGUUGUUAGUAAAUCAGGUGACAUCCGCGAAAGAAACCAGUCUGGUAAAGAGAAAGACAAAAAGUUUGAAGGAAUAGAAAAGCGAGAGAAAUCAAAAACAGAGAAGCAUAAAGAGAAAAUUAAAGAUCGAGGUGCUGAUCAGGAGAAGGAGAAGGGUGAUAAAAUCUCAGCAGAAAAAAUUGCCAAGGAAAAGGAACUUGAUCGGACAACCAAAGACAAGAAAGAGAAUGCAAAAGACAAACACAAGGACUCUCAUGGCAAAGAUCGAAAGAUGUCAUCCGAACAAACGAAAGACAAAAAAGAAAAGGCCUUCCAAGACAAACACACUGACAGAGAGAAGGAUUUCUUGGAGGUGAAGAAAGAGGAAAAAAAGCCAGAGAAAAGAGAAAAAACAUGGUACAAGAUAGCUGACAUUUUUACUGAUGAAAGUGAUGAUGAAGACAGUUACAAUGGGUCUAUUUCUCAUGUUUCCGAUUCUAUCAGAAAGGACUUAUCUCCUGAACAGGAUGAUCUGGAUCACUUCACAUUGGACAAAGUAAGGAAAAUGUCAUCUGAGACUAAACACAAUGCCGAAAAGGCUAAAGACAAAGAACAUAAAGAGAAGAAGAAGGAAAAGGCCAUAUUUGACACAGGUAAAGAGCGCAAGGGCUCCCUUGAGAAACACAACAAGGACAAGAAAGAAUCUGUUGAAGUAAAACAUAAGGAAAGAAAAGACAGAAUGUCAAUGGAUUCAAACCAAGAGAAGAAAAAUAAACAAAAGCUCUUGGAGAAAAGGGAUAACAGUGAGGAUAAAACAAAAAGCAAAUACAAAGACAAGAUGGAUAACCCCAAAGAAAGAAAACUGUCUAAGGGCAGUGGUGAAAAUGAAAAGUCCCUUCUGGAAAAAUUGGAAGAAGAAGCUAUGAACGACUACAAGGAUGACUCCAACGACAAGAACAGUGAUAUUUCUCUGGACAGUUUCACUGACAGAGGUCAAGAACCCGUCCUUACAAGUUAUUACGACUCUCUCAGCCUUGCAGAUAUAACUGAUGACAGGAGGGACUGUCUUUCUAUAUCGACACCCCAGGAUAAAUUCAGAGAGAAAGAAAGACAUCGACAUUCUUCCUCCUCCUCUUCCAAGAAAAGCCACGACAAAGACAAGGAAAGGGUCAAGAAGGAUAAAGGAGAGAAACGUGAUAAAACUGAAGAAAUCAGAGACAUGUACAGUCGCAGGGAAAGUUUACCGUUUGAGAAAGAGCCGAUGCCUCUCGAGGCAGACCCUUAUACCUUCCCUUAUGGCAGUAAAGGGGAAGGUGAAGACGAUUUUGAUAAGACCUUAGAAUUUGAAAAGGAAAUGUCCAAAAAGGAUAAAGCAACAGCCGUCAUCAGUGACAGAAUGAAGGACAAAAAGAAAAAAGAAAAACAUAAAGAUAAAAUAAAGGAUGAGAGAAACAGGCAUAUUGAUGGCUUGAAGUCAGGAUUGAAAGAUAGCCCUCAGAUCACCAUUUUAAAAGAAAGAUCAAGAGAAGAAAGUCCUAAAUUUGACAUUAAGAAAGAAAGGAAUCGGGAUAUAUUGGAAAAAGACACCAGGUUAGAUCACACUAAGCCCAAAAUUAAAGAUGAAAAUGAAAAGCUCAAUCAGUCCAAAGACACAGGACGGAAAGAUAACCGUCCACGAGAAAAACUACUGGUGGAUGGUGAUUAUCAAAUGACUAGUUUUGGCCAGAUGUUGAGUUUGAAGGACCAAGAAAUUGAAGAGCGUCAUAAAAGACAUAAAGAAAGAAUGAAACAAAUGGAGAAACUGAGACCUAAGUCAGGCGACACCAAACUUAAGGAAAAAGCCAAGUCCACUGAAGAAGUGAGGAAGAACCGUGGUGAGCUAUCCUCUAAGAAAUCAAACAGCCUAGAAUCUGGGCUCAAAGAGAAAAAGUCAAAGGAAAUUAGUCAACCAGCUCAAAUUCUGUCCCCAAGCAGAAAGUUUCAACAACCUACAGACAACAGUCACAACUCAAAAGACUGGCUGCCUGGCCAUCAAAUGAAAGAGAACCUCCCAGCUUCUCCCAGAUCAGAACAUAACAGGCCCACUGGUGUACCCACACCAACAUCUGUCAUAUCCUGUCCCAGUUAUGAGGAAGUAAUGCAGACUCCACGGACACCAUCUUGUAGUGCGGAAGAUUACCCCGAUAUUAUGCUUGAUGGGCUGGAUUGUCAGAACUCAUCAGCAAUGACCAUGUCCAUGAAUGCGUGUUCACCAUCCUUCUUUGAAAGCAGGUACUCCCAAGGUUUUCAGGAAGGCACGUGUCCAACCCCGGCAAAGAAUCUACAGUUGCCACUUAUCAGCCGUUCUGCUUCCUCUGACGUUCGCAGGCCUCUAGAAGAAGAGUUUAAAAUUGAGGCUGACAAGUUCUUGAGACACCAUAGUGAUCCAUCAGCCGAAUUUGAUCCUACGGCCGCUUCACACUCUAUUGAAGACAAAUUGGCCACUGUGGAUAGACUAGAGCGCUUGCCCUCGCCCUAUUUCUCUCCGAUUAGGUUGAUGUCUCCUCGGCAGGAGCCGAUCCAGCCAACCCCGGAUCUGGCAACACCAAUGCUCAAUUGCACAGAGAGUAAUGAUCAUCUUUCUGAUAGUGUUUACAAUAGUUACUUGCCGAAGCCAUCCACACCAGUUCACAGGCCAGAUCCACAGGAGCCCUGCUUUGAAAUUGCUGCACCACCAACGCCAGCUCCUGCAGCAUUGCCUCCACUGGACAUUGAUGACAUAUCUGAACAUCACCACAGUGAGCCUAACCUGGUCCUCUCAGAUCUUCCUUCAGUCAUGGAGGAGAGGGAUGAAGAAGAUGAAGAGGAUGAUGAAGGUGAAGACCUUGAUUUUGAUGUAAGAACAAGUGAUGAUCAAUGUGCUGAGGGUGAGACACAGCAAACACAGGAAUCAUCUUCUUUCCCCGCUCAAGUUGAGGACCCUAUGAGAAAGAGCUGGCAUGUUGAGUCACCAGAUCAACAAGAUCCAGUGGACCAUCAUUUCUCUCCACCGCAGUCUGAACCCAACCAUGGAGAAAACUGCUAUGAUCACAGCAUGAGUUGGAGCAAUGACGUAGACCUUAAAUCUCCCCAUCGAACAUAUGGGGAGAUAGAAGCUGCAGUGUCCAAAAUAACCAGUCCUUACUCUCAUUCAGACGGCGAUCUGCAGCACUUGUCUGGACACCCAUCUGUAACUCCUCCGUAUGCUACCUGGAAUAGGUGGCACAAGGAAGAAGACCCUGAGGAUUUUGAUGAGCAGAAGGAGGCUGUGGCUGACAUUCCUUCACCAGAGAGACCUGACAAUGCUCUGGAUGUGGAAAACGGUUAUUUAAAUACUUCCUCAUCCUCCACAAGACUUGAGUCUUUUUUCCAAGACUGCAACAAAUCUAAUCUUGAGGUUACGCACGAGAUGGACACAGAGACCGCAUGUGACGAGCCAGGUGCUAGCCAGACCACUCAUACCUUCUGCCCUACUGCUGACGGACACCUGACUCCAGCUAUUGCGCCUGAGCCAGUUGUGCCCUGGGCAGAUCCAUUUUCUACUGAUGCAGAUGAGCUAGAUGACCUUGGACCAUUUUCCUUGCCUGACCUCCCUCUCCCGGAAAAGUCCGAAGAAGCUGAGCAUCGAGACUCAGAUUUUUGUGACCUCAACAAGACCGUACAAUCUCAUAUUAGACAUACAAUUAUGGAUGUUGAUGAUCCGGAUUUAAUGCAAGUCGACCAUUCAAGUCUCAUGGACACUAGGUGCACUAGUGAAGAUCAAAGGCUGGGUGAACCCACUGGGCAAGACUUAGUUGUACCAUCAUCUCAUGACAACUUUCAGCAAGAGUUGGACCCUGAACCCCAGAGUGUUCCAGUCAAUAGCCCCCUGACUUUUCCGCAACAGAGCAUCAUGUUGGAGACUAAAAUGCAGUAUGGGGCCUUGGAUGAGUCUGAUCCCGAUAUCUUGUUUUCAUCUGUGAAAUCUGAGAGCAGCCACCUACAUCACAUCCAGAUUCACCCCAUGGCUGAGUCCUUGCAGUUACCAAAUGACAGUGUGUCAGUUGACAAGUCAGAGGAGAGAAAGGAGGAAAUAUCAGAUCCCUCAACAGAAUCUUUAUCGCAAGAUCCUGUUCCACUUCUCCCAGUGCCAUUUACUCCUCCCAGUUCACAGGAGCAUUCAGAUGCUCAAGAGACAACACAAAAGCCAAUACCAGCACCCCAAAGCACAGUGUUGACAGAUAUUUCCAAAAAGGUAGAUGAAAUCCCUCAGAGAAUGACACGCAACCGGGCCAAAAACAAUGCUUCUGCCCUAGUUCCUUCCCCAAGCAUGAUUUCAACAUCUUCCCUUUCUGUGACAAUUAGUCCAGUAGUCACCAUUAAUGCUAUUCCUACGAGAACACCAACUCCGACUUCAGUGCUGGCCUUCUCAUCACUAAAGAAAGACAAAGACUCUCUUCUUAGCAUCUCAACUCCUGCAUCGAAUUCAACUCUGACUCUUUCUGUACCUAGUUCUUUGACCACGUCACCUACAGUGGUACUGAGCAAAACAAGUAAAGGGCGUCCACUACCGGUAGAAGAUGAUGAUUCUCAGACCCAGCACCCACGAAAAAGGAAGUUUCCGCGUUCGACCGGGCAACAGUUGCAAGUGCAGCUGGUAAACACGGCCAUGCAACAGACCCGGGAAAUGAUCCAGCAAACGUUGGCUGUAGUUGUCAAUGCCAUAAAGUUGGAUGACAUUGAGCCUUACCACAGUGACCGUUCCAACCCCUAUUUCGAUUAUCUGCAGAUUAGAAAAAAGAUAGAGGAAAAGAGGAAAAUAUUGUGCUACAUCACCCCACAGGCCCCACAGUGCUAUGCUGAGUAUGUGACGUAUACUGGCUCAUAUCUGUUGGAUGGGAAGCCCCUCAGCAAGCUUCAUAUCCCAGUGAUUGCCCCACCACCAUCAUUGUCCGAGCCUCUGAAAGAUCUCUUCAGACAACAGGAGGCAGUGAGAGGGAAGCUCCGGUUACAGCACAGCAUAGAACGAGAGAAGCUCAUUGUUUCAUGUGAGCAGGAAGUGUUGAGAGUCCACUGCCGAGCUGCGAGGACAAUAGCCAAUCAGGCUGUCCCAUUUAGUGCCUGCACCAUGCUUUUAGACUCUGAAGUAUACAAUAUGCCAUCAGAAAGCCAGGGUGAUGAGAACAAAUCGGUGAGAGAUCGUUUCAACGCACGACAGUUCAUCUCUUGGAUUCAGGAUGUCGACGAUAAAUAUGACCGUAUGAAGACAUGUCUGUUGAUGAGGCAACAGCACGAAGCAGCGGCCCUCAAUGCAGUGCAAAGGAUGGAAUGGCAGUUAAAGGUUCAGGAAUUGGAUCCUGCCGGGCACAAGUCCCUCUGUGUCAACGAAGUGCCGUCCUUCUACGUUCCCAUGGUCGAUGUCAACGAUGACUUUGUCCUUCUGCCAGCGUGACACCUCUUGGCUCAGUGAUAAAGAAGCUAACUUUAUCCGAAUUCUCUUCUCUGAGAGAAUUUGUCGAACAGAACAAAUGGAAAGGGCUAGCAAAUUUGAGAAAGGCCUUCAGAAAGCAAAGCAAGUACAGUGGAGAAGUGCAGAUUAAAAAAAUGCUCUUGGUUCCGUUCCUUGAAGAAGGAAAACUUGUUUUUACUGGGGGGAAAGAAAAUACUAAACUUGCACUUUCAUUCUCAAAAGUUUUUACUCCUUUUUGAUCAGAGCAUGAAAAGCAAAAACCAUUUUUGUUUUUGUUUUUUUGCUUUCCACAGCACUGGCCCAUAACUCCCCUUGUGCUCACCUGUGACAAGACAAGGGAUAGAGAUAUAUUUUCUGCAUUCAUUUUUGGGGCUUUGCUUCAUAAGAACUAAAACUGGGGAGCAGUGUCAAAGUGAAGCUUUCCCAACAGCGUUGGUGCCUGUGUACCAAUGAGAGGAACUGAAAAGGAUCCUCCCCUGUUGCGGCCAGGGGCGCACAUGUCAGUGCUUCCCCAGAGGAUGUCAAGAAAGCCACGGUGCAAUGUCUGGAUCUUAUGAGAAUCCACUGCCAGAGGACUACAAGCGACAGAGGAGUCAAGAUGCCGGUGCUGGUCGAUUUAGGCUGCACACGCCAUGAAAACUGCACCACACUUAACAGUGUGGUCGGUCGGGUCUGCGACGGAUCGAAAGGCGGCAAAAGUAACUGUCGGUGCAGCCAUGAAAAAGAGACCAGGAAGAGCGCGGCGAGUCCCUGAGGUCAGACAGGAGUGUUGUCGGCCACCUCGCUUGCUCCACAAAAGCAUCAGAAAGCCUCAGACUGCCCGUGCACCACAGGACAACAACAAGAAACAUAACGAAUGUUGAUGUUCAAAGAAACUAUUGAGAAAAUGUGGGUUGUUAGGCGAGGGGGAAAAGAAUAUUGUUUUUGUCUAUUUCUUUACUUGGGCAUUUCAUUGUUUCUGAGGAAGUGACUUGAAACACUACAGAGCCAAUAUUAGUUUAAUGGAAAAAAACAAAUGAAAGAAAACAGAAAAAAAGUUGUAUUCCGUAAAUUAUGUACAGUUUUUAUAUUCGUUAACCAAUGUAUUCUUGCUGCCUUCUAGAUAAUUUAUUUUGCCACACAUUACUGCACAGUUGUAAAUAACUUAUGUACUGUAAUAUCACUCAAGUAAGUGUAAAGAAAACCAUAAAAGAAAUAAAAAGUAUCUUUUUAUGUACAGUUCACUUUUGGGCAGCACUUUCCCUCCCUCAUAUCUUUGGGCCAAAUAUGUACUCAAAUCUGUCAGUAUUGGAAAGGCAAUGUUGUUUAGUCCUACCUAUCACUAUCACCUAGAGUGACAUCACCAUAACUUACACAAAUGGCUGACAGACACCACUUUUGGAUUUAACAGGCCCCCAAAGGCCAACCCACACUUUUCCACACAUGUAGCAGACUAGAUGAGGACUUAUUUAACGAAUAGAGGAAUAUUACUCACUGCUUUACUACACAAUUAUAUCGGAGAAAUCUCAAACCAAGAAAAUGCCUUUUCAAGUGAAACUAAUGUACUCAUUGUUAGGCAAAGUCACAUAGAUAUUUAUUGUUUAAAUUGUGAUGUCACUCGUGGAAUGAACCAUUGUGGUUAUGUUUAAUUGUUUCCAGUUUUAUUUGUAUUUUAAUUUUCAAUAAUUGGCCUGAAAUAUGUUCUACUCGUCCACUAUUGUCGUCUGAAACCAUCAAGGUCAUCUUAUUCUGUGUCCAAAUUAAGAGUGAGUCUGCAGAGGUCAUUCCUUAUUGACCUUUGAAAAUUUUUGUGUCGCUUCUCUUCCUCAUUACUCCUCCGCCUACACCUUGCAACGCUUACCCACUGGUUGGCAUCAGUAAGGUAGAACACUAAGUACUCUUGUGCAGGAUGUGGCCUUUAGUAUAUUUAUCACACCCAUCAGGCGAUUGGAUCUCUUUUCUCAAGUACAAAAAAAUAGCGGUUCUGAUACAAUAAGUCCAGCCAAAGAGGGUUUUAGCAAUAUUAUUUUUACAAUUUGGUUGCUUCCUCUUAGCUGUGGGAUUAUUUUCAGAAAAGCACUCAAAUCGCACUGUAAAAAAGUCCAAAAAUGUUAUCCCAAUCCACUAGUGCUCCACAUACACUCAAAGGCCUUCUGCAUACUGUCAGUCAAACAUGUCAUUGGUGUGUUAUGGAUGUGUAGUCGAGUGCUAUUACACUGUGCAGACAAAGUGGCUAGACGUUUAGUUACUUUCAGGAUGGUACACAUUGACAUUCAUAUGUUUUUUUUAACCUCCCCCUUAGUUUUGGUGUUCUUGGUUUGUGUUGGGUUCUUUCCAGUUGAGGUUGUGUUUUGGUCAUGGAGUUCUUGUGUGUGUGUUGUCUUUUUAACUCUGUGUAAUGUAUCACCUAGGUGUUUUUGUGUCUAACACCAGUGGCAUGUCAAUCACAUUGCUUAUCAAGCAGAAUGUAAACCCGUUACUAUGCCCUAUCCGCUGAUACCCUCAAUAUUGUUUACAAGACAUCCUCUGUGUUUUACUUUCGUUGUCAGCCUUUGGUUUUUACACAUGUAAUCAAUCACUGAUUUGAACGACAAAGGCUUGAAAUGGUGAUGGGUUCCACAGUCGCGCACUGUGCAAUUCAUUGGAAACCUUUCCUCCCGCACGUCGCUACACAGAGCAAUAGAGUAAUUCAGGUUGAUAUUUUUUUCCAGUUUGACCGCGUGAGUCCUGCAUCUUUUGAGUGCACACACAUCAGUCGUCCGAUGCACAGUAGAGCACUUGGCCGUGGUGAUACAGAUGUUAGCCUGACACCACCUCAGUCAGCAACAGAUUACCUCUACUCUCCUCACAUUCAUUCAUAAUUUAGAUUUCUUUAGGUUUUCUCAAUGGAUUUAGAUUUACAUAAUUGCUAUUUUUUCAUUCUAUAGUGUCACGAUUUCAAGCCUUUUCUAGUUUUUUUUUUUUUUUUUUUUUUUUUUUUUU